GCGGUAGCUAUUAAGAAGUCGAAAUUUCGUGAAGAACACCACACUGAACAGGCACUGCACACCGCAGUUCAGUUUUCCAGGUAAGUGUUUCAUGAUCAGCUGUGAACGAAGUCGUAUGUAUUCCAGUAGUCAUUUCCACUUUUCAUGAGGGUUUAUUUUAAUCGAAAACUGUUGAAACGUGGACGUGGUUGUCGUUUUAACUCAUCAUGCCGAAGACUAAUCACUUUGAUCCAUGAAUAUUCUUUUCAAAAACUGCCAAGAUCAAACCAAUAAUGGACAAUUCAACUGGAUGUCUAUAAUGUUCGACUCAGAGAUGGAGUAACUCAAGUCAGGAAAGUCACUUCUUAAAACAGUUUUUAUAUCUGCAUGGCAUCUGUUGCCACGGAGAAAAUAGUUUUUAGAAAAGACUUCUCACUUCAUUUAAUUCAAUUGAUCGUUAAACUACUUGUAGUAUCACCUCUACUCAGAUAUGUACAACGUUUGCAAGCUAUCACCCAGCAAUCUGAGCAGCGCAUUGUAACAAAGUUGUGAAAUGUGGCGUUCACAAGCGGAAUUUCAUGUAGGUGUAUUCUGCAUGCAGAGUGGCAAUGGAUUUGUGAGAAGACAAAAGUUACAAGCGAUUGAAGAAAGAAGAAAAAGAAAGGAAAAGAACUUCUUUUCCUUUCUUUUUGAAUAAACCAGUUCAUCAAAUAUGUUUCAUAAACGAAGGAAUAGGUUUUUAACGAAUACCAAACGUUUAAUUUUUUGAUAGUGUCUUAAAUGAAAUAAAUUAAAAUACUCUAAAUGGUGGAAAGUUGACCUUCGCAGGUAUCGCUAGUGCCACCCUUGCAACGAGCGAGCAAAAAGAAAACAUCUGCUAGAUAACCAAUAUAAUUCGUCCUGGCAGAAUCAAAUGGCAGUUGUUUAGUGACGUGAUACAAAAACACCUUGUUGGAUCGAGUUCAGUGGACGAGAAAAACAAAAAACUUACGCUUUUUAUUUGUAAUAAUGACCUCCUGUUUAGUGACCUGUCCUUCAUUUAUUGAAAAUAAUAAUCUGUUCAAAACAAUGGAAAGGUGCAUUAAAGGCUGAUACUGACUGACCAGGUGAAAAACGGUCGUUUGCUUCACUUCUUAAAAUAAGGCUCUCAUCACGAACAUUUUUUGGGAAGGCAUAAAUUAAGACAAGGCACGAUCAAGGCUCACUGAGAAAUAGGUUGAGUUAAAUACUUCUUAAUCAUGAUUCCAUAGAGGACCUAACUUGAGACGUGUCAUCUAAACAUUGGAGGUUUAUCCUUUUUCCCUAGCCUGAAUUUUGGUGACCUCCAGUCAGCGUUAAGUCACUUGAUCAUGACUUAGCGAGCGGAGGAGGUGCCUGAAAUUCAGCCUGCUCUUGCCCUGGCCGAUUGUAAAGGGGCGAAGUUUUGACCAUUUUCCUUUCAUAUUUUCAUAACAUUGUACAUAAUUUGAUUUUAAUUUGAUCUUUUUGGGCCUCCUCUUGGAAACGGAUGUAAAAUAGUAAAUUGAGAAAUUACUAUAGGUAAUAGCAUGAUUAGUAGUGAUAUUUGGCAUAAAUACCACGAGUGAUAUUUCAAAAUUGUUAUACCAUUAAAGUGCUCGGCAAUCCGCAGUGAAAUUUGGACAAUUUUGAAAUAUCACUCGUGGUAUUUAUACCAAAUAUCACGUACAAAUCAUGCUAUUAUUUGUUUAUACUACUACCCACAAAAGGUUUGUAAUUUUCACAUGUAGGUAUUUCAAAUCAAGCUGAAAUACCACUACUCUAAGCCAAUCAAAUUGCAGAAAUUUCUCAUGUAGUAGUAUAAAAGACUGGAAUUAGAUGUGUGACUGAUUAGCUGCUAGCCUGCGUCGCAGACAGUCUAAUCCUGGGUCUCGGGUGACAAGUCCGGCUGCAACGCGCGCAGGCUAAUUCAGUACUACCAAAUCUUUUUUUAUUUUCCUAAAAAUGAUAAGGUUUCUGUCGGUAUAUUUAUAUAUAAUUAUAGGGCGGUCUGAUAUUAUACUUAAAUACAUUGAUGGAUUAUUGGAUGGAAGGUUUGUUGAUUGAUAAUUAGGUUUCGUUGCUUGUAAGUUUGUUCAUCGACCGGUUGCUUUGAUCGGGAUCCACUUAUUUCACGCCUCUCCCGGUUCGCAGUGCACAGGGUCAAGAGGAGAUAUGUUUGUCGUUAGAACAUCAAAGCCCGUCGAAAACCUCCGAAAAAAUGGGUUAUUUUGAUCGCGUUACAGUUUCGUUACACAUUCUAUAGACCGCAAACCAAGAGACUGAGGGCUCGCAAGAUCGGCUUACAUCUCGGCACUUCAUGCCUCGGUCGCCCUUCGGGCGACGGCCUUUGGUCACCCUUCGGGCGACGUGCCGUGCGCCGGCGAGGAUAUGGCUUGCAGUCAUCGAUUUUCAAAAGUCGAUCAUCGUUUACAGUAGAUUUAUACCAUUGGGCUAAUUAAUCGUGCUAAGCGACACUGGUAUAGACAUUUUUCAAGGUGAGACUUUAAAUAAGUAAUUCAUUUAUUCAAACGAAACUCCUCUGGACCCUGCGGCAGUGCAGUGCACGCCUGCCAUUUUUUUUCCCGCGCUCGUUUUGCUCGAAGGACCAAGAACAACGGAAGGGCUUGCUGCCGCUUGUUUUAUUUUAAUAAUCUAUGAUUCUAUUUCAGAACUGCAAUAAUGAACUGGGCGAAAUUGUUUUCUGUGUUAGCUCUCGGAAAUUUUUUGAUUUUCUACCAGCCUUCUGCAGCUGAAAGCGAUUCCUCUGGAGAAGGCGAAGAAAAAAAGCUCCAUGAAAUACCUCUGGUGUUUGGAUGGACAGAAAAGCCCCCAUACGCAACACCACCAACAAAUGGAUCUUUAGACAAUGAAGCGCAGGGAAUGAUACGUGAUGCGAUAAGCCCUUAUAUUCUUAUGGAGUGUGGAUAUAACUGGGGUAAAGCAUAUCAAGUGGCCACUAAGAAAUUCGAAAGCGAAUUUGAAAUGAUCGAGUUUCUGAGGCAAAACAAAGUUCACGUCGCGCUUCCGAUAUUUGAGAAUCCAGAAAAUCGUAAAUACAUAGACUUGCCGUUUUUUAAACUUGAUGAUUAUCACGGAACCGAAUUUAUCACUACUGAGGAUGAUAGUACCGCGCUUACAGUUGUAAUGGAUUCCGUUUUGAAGUCUUGGCCUUUACUCGCUGUCUUACUCGUACUUACAGCUAUUGCUGGAAUUAUCAUGUGGGCUUUGGUAAGUGUAACUACAUUAUAAAACAGCUUUUUGCGUGCAAUAUUACAAAGCGAAAACAAUGCAAGUUAUUGAACCGCCGUUGUCUUUUUCAAGUAAUGCAGUGUGUUUAAAAUUAAGUUUCACCAUAAUACUUCUAACUCUCUGAGGACCCUGAUUCCUCCCCAGUCGUCUUCGCGUAACGCGCGCGGCGGGAGCAGGGGGUGAUGGGUAGGGAAAAGGGUAUACCCCUCGCGCCACGACUAAGAGAGACGACUGGUGACGAGUCAGCUGAGGUCCUACUGAAACGUAACAGUUCUGUGGUGAAACAAAAAAACUAGCUGUAAGUAACUGAUUAGAAACAAUCUGAAGGCAUUUUACUUCAAAUUGUCAAAACCUUCACUGAUGUCAAUCAAGCGAUACAUCUAUUGCUUUCGCUUUGCUAAACGUUCAUCCUGCUCAUACAAAUAAUUCAGUGUGCGUAUUUUUCUCACUUUUCUUCAAAUUCGGCAGGACACGUACUGGAAUAGUGAAGAGUUUCCUCGCUCAUUUAUCAAAGGAUCGUGGGAUGGAUUCUGGUGGUCUUUUAUUUCUAUGACCACUGUAGGGUAGGUAACUGCUUUCCAGGAAGACGGAAGCCAAUUUUGGCCUAUUGUUAUGGUAGCUCUUCCGUACUAACACCGUUAAACUGCCUCUACUGGGCGCUCGUGCUAAACUGAUUCAACGAGACUUUAGCUAAAACUCAAAAAGACAAAAAGUUGUAGUCAAAAAGGGGCAAUAAAAGUAACAGAAUACCAAAUCAUCAAGCAAUCGGACAAAUCAAACUCCAAGCACGCGCGAAGCCAUAUCGUAAAGGGCCAGACGGCCCGUUUCAUCAUACAGAGGGCUGAUAGCUUUGCAGCGAUGAUGAGUUCAAAUGGAUGGCAAAACAUUGCCAGAGUAGUAUGCACGCAUGCGUAAAAAGCUGGCUAUAACAAGAGUCUGGUUGUGUGUGCUUCUUUGCUGACCUCGUAUCAUGAAUAAGUAAUCACUUGCUAACAGCAUCACGGAUCAGACGCAAGUUGACUCAAAACCUCCUGACUUACCACACCUUUAGUUGCGAUUAUAACGGCUGAAGAAUUAAGAUAGCCACUACUCCAGUCAUAUCAUGAAAAAAUGUAUGAGCAGAAGUCAGUUGCUGGAUGGCGUUUUAGAAAAUCAAAUGUUGCUACAUAUUCACAGUUUCCAGUCCAAAUCGUUGCACAAUAAUCGUCGGGCGUAAAUGCAUAGGCUCACUAAAUCAAACAUCUAAAGUUCACUGCAGCAGUUCAGAUAAAACGUUAACUGACAGUAAUCUAAUAAUUUUUGCUAUUAACAGCUAUGGAGACAAAUCUCCCAAGUCGAUCGUUGCUCGGAUAUUUUCCAUUAUUUGGAUUAUGAUGGGUCUCAUCGUCAUGGCAAUAUUCACGGCCAGCGUCACUUCAGCUUUGACAGCGGCUUCUUUAGAUCUUGAGCCAAGCAAUCUUGAAGGAUAUAAGGUAUUAUACUCCCCCUAAGACUACUCUCCUUUCAAUGGGCAAAUCAGUCACAAAAAAAUUAAUCUUUGUCGGUUGAAUUAGGGAAUCACCUGAAUCUCUAAUAUUGUAAUCUCCAAUCAGCGUCAUGAUCAUUAUCGUCAUCAUCGUCAUCAAGGAUUAGGAGCAAGGAUUAGCACAGUCGGUUAGCUAGUGCGCAGCCCUCUACGCGGAGGUUCCGAACUGGAUUCGCAGCUAGUGUGACCUCAAAUCCUUGUUAUGACUUCUUUCCUUACCAUGUAGCUUUAAAUACCCGUAAGAGGACCAAUGAAGAGAGGGAGGUAAAAUAAGCGCACCGUCAGCCUCAGUUAAUACCGGUUAUGAUUUACCGACGUAAAAUAAGGACACUAUAUAUCGAUCAUCAUUAUCAUGAACAUUUAGAAAGAAACUUUUUUUCUCAGUUGAUUCAAAUAAUUCGUAUAUACAAUUAUCCGCCCGCGAUGGUUUAAAGUAACGGACACCUAAAUACAUGAGAUCUUUCGAUUGCGGGUAGAUUCUCUGAGUCAGCUUUCUACGAAACAACGGGCUUCAAAUCGUUUUGCGCUAGAAAACAGAUUAAGUAAAUCUCGUCGAUAUUACGCCAAGAAAGUCAAACUAGAAAAACUUUAGAGUAAUAAUAAAGUCCCUCUAUCUGAUUUCUAUUAGAUUGCUGUGUUGGGUAACGGGACGGAAUACCAGCAUGCGCUACUCGAAGAUGCUCACCCAACAGGUAUUUUUAAAGCUUUCACACGCACUCCUAAACACUUCAUCUGAUCUUAAGUUAAAGAAGAAGCUUCUCUCAAAUCUUUGGGUGGCCUAAACAUGUGUCCCACAUUAUGCUAACCCCAAAACGAUUUGUUGUACUUCUUUGCAUAGAGUACAAAAACAUUGAAGAAAUCGUACAAGCGAUGAAUACAGACGAAGUCGAUGGAAUGAUGUUAGACCACUACACAGCUUCUUACUAUCAGCAAAGAGACAAAUUAAAAUCAUUCGUCACCGUCACGAAUUUUGAGCUCCGCAGAGAAGUUGGACUGCUUUUUUCUGAAGACAGGAGGUUCAUUGCAGAAUGCUUUUUGCUUUAUCGCUCAAAUAUUUGGAGAUUGGCUCAAACAAUUACAGGAACGUUUAAGGUACUAAAGAGACAUCAGAGGGACUAA